ACUUGGUGGCCUCGUGCAGUUCACGCUGUGUUCUCUCUCAGUCUGAUUUUUGUUUCUCUAUUUUGUUUUUGAUUGCCAGUGAAUGGCACUUGGCACCCAGCAGCUCAAAUGAUCUUUGGAUCGAGAUGAUUUGCUUCAGCAAGAUGAAACGAUGGAGAGUGCAAACUUUAUUUCGCUUGCUUCUGUUUGUCAGUAUUUUGCCAACCUGUUGGUGUGCUCAGGGGAAAUAUGCUCAGAAGCUCCUGAAUGAUUUAUUCACCGACUAUACCAGUGCGCUGAGGCCUGUGGAGGACACAAACACAAUCCUGAACGUGACCCUGCAGGUUACACUGUCGCAAAUUAUCGACAUGGAUGAGCGAAACCAAAUUUUGACUGCAUAUUUAUGGAUACGGCAAGUGUGGGUUGAUGCACACCUCAAAUGGAAUAAAGAUGAUUACGAUGGACUCGAUACCAUCCGCAUACCUAGUAGUUAUGUAUGGAGACCUGAUAUAGUCCUAUAUAACAAUGCUGAUGAUCAUUUCACCGGCUCCAUGGACACCAAUGUGGUGAUCCGGCAUGAUGGCCAGAUAACGUGGGAUUCCCCUGCUAUCACAAAGAGCUCCUGCAAAGUGGACGUGUCCUUCUUCCCCUUCGACGCUCAGCAGUGCAGGUUUACAUACGGCUCCUGGACCUACAAUGGUAACCAGCUGGACAUCCUGAAUGCCUUAGAGAGUGCUGACCUGGCUGACCUGGUGGAAAAUGUGGAAUGGGAGGUGUUGGGUAUGCCAGGGAAGAAGAACAUUAUUCUGUAUGGCUGCUGUGCUGACCCUUACCCUGAUGUGACCUAUACACUGAAACUCAAGAGAAGAGCAUCCUUUUAUGUUUUUAACUUGCUCAUACCAUGUGUGAUGAUCUCUUUCCUUGCUCCACUGGGCUUCUACCUGCCUGCAGACUCCGGAGAGAAGGUGUCUUUGGGUGUCACCGUGAUGCUGGCACUCACUGUCUUUCAGUUAUUGGUUGCAGAGAUCAUGCCACCUUCUGAGAAUGUCCCACUCAUUGGAAAGUAUUACAUUGCUACAAUGACCAUGAUCACAGCAUCCACUGCCCUGACCAUCUUCAUCAUGAACAUACACCAUUGUGGUCCAGAUGCCAAGCCUGUUCCCAAGUGGGCUAAGAAAGUCAUUUUGCAGUACAUGGCCAGAAUGUGCUUUGUUUAUGAAGUCGGGGAGAACUGCUUGUCACCACAGCCGGAGAAACAGGAACCUCAACGUGUAAAGAACACCAACUGCACCAUGAAUGGCCAGGCAGGACCAGGCAGAGAGGACCAUGUCUUCAAAAUGGAGAGAGGACAAGAGACAGUGGGCUCCAUGACCGCAGAGGAGAGGGAUGACACAGAUCAGAUGAUGAGCCCGAUAGGCUCAAUCGGGAGGAACCCUACCAACAACUACAGCACUUGGAAGAACGGCAUUUUCAUGAGCAUGGACUGUGGAGAUUCGGGGGGUCCAAGGAGAUGCAGGAAGGGAGGUGUGAGUGAUGGAGAGAGAAAGGACAGAGAGGUUUCCUGCAACAGCAUAAGCAAUGACAGGCAGCUGCUGCGAAACAUCGAGUACAUAGCCAACUGUUACAGAGAUCAGAGGGCCACGCAGAAAAGGACUGGGGAGUGGAAGAAAGUAGCCAAAGUUUUAGACCGCUUCUUCAUGUGGAUAUUUUUCAUAAUGGUGUUUUUAAUGAGCCUUCUCAUCAUGGGUAAAGCCAUCUGACUGCAGAUAUGAGAAGCUGUUAUUAAUGGCAGUGAUAAUUGUUGAAUUUGAAUUUGAAAACACAUCCUCCUCCUACAGCUCUCCUCUUUCGUCUUUAUGUCCUAAGGCAAUCCCCCCAGACAACCAAUAUUUCUGUGCAUGUGUUUACUUUUAUUUCAUUGUAAAGCUGCACAUGGCUCAUUUGCUCAGCCCCUCUUUGCCCCACUCUGUCUGUUUAUGAGACCACAAAUGAGAAUUAGCAAGCUAGCCACCCCAUGGUCUCUCCACCUCACUCCCUGCCAGUGUGGACUGCUUCCCUGGGAGGAGAGCUGGCAGCAGCUUGGGAAACCGAGCUUCAGUUGGCUGCUGUAGCAACUCAAAUUCGGCCAGUGCACAUCCCCCAGUGCUAGGAGUCACAGCAGGCUGGUGGACAGCGGAAUCACCAAGUGUAACUUGUGUGAGAGCAUUAACAGGAAGUUUGCUGAUCUAGCAGAGAGUCUGGCCUGUCUGGUCCCAUAGCUGUGGUUUGCACUGGCUGGAUUUGGGUUACUAGGGGUUCCUAACUGAAGGGGUCCGUCUUUGGAGCUGCCGCCUGCUCUCCCUUGAGCGAAGUGUCUGUAGAGGAGAGAGGGGGGAGACACAGUGUGAUUCGAGGCUCUGGCUAACAUUAGCUACAUAAACAUGAACUUGAAGCUGCCACCAUGAGCUUUUAACUCCAGUUAGCAGCAGGCUAAACUAAUAGCAACAUUUUCUGUACAUUUCUGCCACGCUUUGCUAAUACUGACACGUUUUAUUUCAUUUGUUGUAAGACUCUCUUGUAGUCUCUCUUUUUGAUGAGUCCGUCUUCUUUUUUGGGGUUGUUAUGCAGUGUAGACAGUUGUUGCCAAUGAUGAUAUAGCAACUUCUCUGCAGGAGUCUCCGCCAUUGAAUCAGGCUUUUACAGAAGGGAUGUGCACGCAUCUGCAUUUGUAGAACAGCCAUGCAACUGCCAGGCACAUCACGCAACACAUUCUCACUCUGAUCUAGUCACAUAUUGCCAUUUGGUCAUGGACUUUCCAUGUCCACAUACGAUGUGCAAGGUACCCUGGGCGCGUUGGUUGUUGACGUUCUGGAAUGCCAUGUCAAGUUCUGCCUGCUACAUGCAUUGUCUUCUUUCAAAAUAUAUCCAUUUUCACAGGAACUUCAACGUUAACAUACAGUUUCUUUCAAAAUAUACUCACUACGUCGGUACAACAUCACAAAUUGACAUUUUUUUCCCUUAAAUACCAAACACGUUAAACUAUAAUGGCAACUGACUGCGUAUCAUGCCGAUGUUAAAGGACACCUUUUUUCGUUGGUUUUUGAUGCCGCAAAUCACUGCCCAAGCACUGGAUUUUGAUGAUUUUGGAGUGUCAUGGCUUAGCGUGAAAACAGAGACAAGAGAAGGUGAGAAGUCUAGCGUUCUCUCAGUCCUCCUGAAUUACAACAUGCCUAAAGUUUAUUAUGGGAAUUUUACCUAAAAAUUAAACUGCCGACCCCAGCUUUAAUUCCUAGACUUUAUCCAAUGAGAAACAGUCUGUUCUGGAGGCAGUGUCAUCACCCACCCUGCUGUAGACCUAAUUAUAAGUAGAACUCUUUGAUAAAGUUCUUGUUCAUGGGUUUUGUUGUUACAACUUUUGUCCAAAUGAUGUGUGAAAGUUAGCAAGCUCAGCCGAGAAAUAUCAAGCGUGUUGGCAAAUCAAUACUUUUUCUAUUGAUGAUAUUUCCACAAUUUUGUGCUUUUAUUAUAAAUAAAU